AUGAUCUGCGGUACGGAUCUUGACCUACUUCAGGACUCGGGCAGCGUCCCAUGUGCUGUCUGUCGUACAGGUGUAGGCAGCAAUAGUAUUUUCUGCAAUGGCUGCAAGCACUGGGUGCACAAGAAAUGCAGUGGGCUCGUGCGCCUGUCUGUGGACCCUGACUUCAGAUGUUCAAGAUGCAGAGGAACUGCUCGCCCUCUUGACGGCAGGCCGCAGAGUGACAUCCAAGUUGGUAUGGACAAGUUGGAGGUUGUAGGCUCCUUCUGUUACCUCGGAGACAUGCUUUCCGCAGCUGGUGGCUGUGACCUUGCAGCCACUACGCGUGUAAAGACUGCCUGGAAAAAGUUCAGGGAGCUGCUACCAGUCCUGACAUCACGCCACCUGUCGUAUAAGACCCAUGGUCGAGUGUAUAACACCUGUGUACGGAGCGCUAUGCUCCAUGCCAGUGAGACCUGGGCACUGACCAAGCCAAAUCUUCAUCGCCUACUACGCAAUGACAGGGCCAUGAUAAGACAGAUCUGUAACAUCAAGCCUGAAGAUAUGGCCACUGUAAGUUCAACUGAAUUGCUGGGGCGGCUUGGUAUCGACGACCUCGACCUCAUCUUAAGGGAAAAGAGACUCCGCUGGUAUGGUUACGUUGUCAGAUCCAGCAGUGCAGUCAAGUGCGCUUUAAAUAUACAAGUUCCUGGGAGAUGUAGAGUUGGUCGGCCAAUGCUAUCUUGGAGAGAGUUGACUGAGAAAGAUCGUAGAGAAUGGAAGCUCUCAACUGCCGACCCUCAAGACCGGAAAGAAUGGAGAUCUGAGGUGAGAUCUGCCAUGGGUGCAGCCAGCCAGAUACCUGGAAGGGGGUCCACUAGUGUGGACACUACCCGUGAUACUGCACGGAAAUAA